CUACGUGAGCGGAGAGUCUGUGUCUAGUGAUAAGAAAGAGUCGUUUUGAAUGUGCGUAUGCGCGUGAGAUAACCAGCUGCUGAUAUCGCGAGAGCAAUUCAUAGUCUCUGAAAGUCACAUUUACCAAAGAUUUAAACAGUUUAAUGAUGUAUCCCGCAAUGAUAUGCUUAUGCUUUUAUACGCAAAUGCGUCGUCCUCGUCUAUGCCGAUCGUCCUUACUAAGUGUAUCUGUGCUAUGUUACAAGUGUUUUAUCAAAAUGUCAUCCAACUUCUAGACUCUGCAAAAUCACUAACAGUUACAUCUUAGAGUCCUGCCCACCAGAAACUCCAGCCAAUCAAACGAGUCCUCUCGUACUGGCCAUGCAACCCGAUGACAUAAAUAGCGUCGAACAGAGUGGAAAGGUAUGAUUCUUAUUCCUAAAGGAGGACAAAGAUCAUAACCUGACGACAUGGUUGUGUGGACCGACCAGGAGCGCGCCUGCAUCCAGGACAUUUUCAGCAAGCUGAAUUACGAGGAGGCCGGCCCCAAAGCUUUGCAGAGGGCCUUGAUUGUGUAUCCCUGGACUCAGCGGUACUUCGCAAGUUUUGGGAACCUGUACAAUGCCGAGGCCAUCAUGUCUAACCCAAGGGUGGCGGCCCACGGAAUUGUUGUGCUCCACGGCCUCGACAGAGCCAUGAAGAACAUGGAUGACAUCAAGAACACCUAUGCCGAACUGAGCGUGCUGCACUCCGACAAAUUGCACGUGGAUCCUGACAACUUCAGGCUGCUGGCCGACUGCCUGACCAUUGUGAUUGCGGGGACUAUGGGCACCUCUUUCACAGCUGACGUGCAGGCGGCCUGGCAGAAGUUCCUCGCUGUUGUCGUCUCUGCUCUGCGCAGACAGUAUCAUUAAAACCUCGAACAUUUGGGGGAAAGCAUUGAUUGUUCUCUAACGCAAUAAAGAGGAAUUGAUGUGCAUCUGAGCCGUGGUUAAACUGUCCAUUGUGCGAGUAUCGGGUAUAAUUCAACUGAAAACUCAUGAUUCUGUCAAAAGGCUCCAGGGAUUUAUGACAAAAUUGUCAAUUCAUACAAACAAGUAAACGAAACACAAGGCUUAAGUUUAAAAAACGGGUCAUUGGAACGCUUCAAUAGAGCAUGUUUAUUGGAUUAAUUAGACUUAACCGAACAAAUGAAGAUUGCUGCAGGAUGCUAGGCGGCACUACGCCUCUGAUAAACUAAAGAGUGUAAGUGCACUUAAGAGUUUUAAUUGAAAUGGUAACCGAUAUAUAAAUGCGUAAUAAAUUAAAUGAAUGGUCGCCGUGAUUUUGCUAAGUAAAACAUGAUCCUGGAUCAACAUUUUUGUUGAUCCUUUAACAUACUGCCCAAAAAUAUAGACUUAUCGCAAGGGUGAAGAAGCACCUGAUCAUAAGCCUAAAACAGAUAUUUCCUGAAAAAGUAUCCCUCGAUUCUGAUUGAUUGAUUGGAAUGUUGAUCCAGUAACAUCUUGUACUUGGUAACAUCAUGCUCACCAAUAUGGGACAGGUUAUAUGAAAAGAUGCUGGCCUUAUGUUUGAGGACUGAUAAAGGUUCAGUGUUUCCAUUGCAAAUCCUGCUUUAUAUAUAUUAAUUAACUUAUCUUUUUUUAUAGCCUAGGUCUAGGGUGGAGCAAUGAAUUGGCAGUAAACUUAAAGAGGGUGUCUGCUUGGAUACAAUUACACCCCCGAAAAGAUCUAGUAUGUUUUCUAACCACACUAGAAGAAAGAAUGUUAU